UGCCUCUUUUGGCUUAGAGACAUUGAAAACGACAAGCAAAGUUUUGUCUUUGUUCCCUGCUUUUCAUAAAACCAAAAGCUAAAGCUUGUAACUCUCUCUUGUCCCAAGGGAGAGUGUGUAAAAAGGAGGGAAAAGAAGCCGUGUGGGUGAGGGGUGGCAGAGUAGAUCCGGGGGGACAGCGGAGGAGAGGCACAAGCCAGUCUCUGGCAGGAGGGCGUGGAUACCGGUGCAAGCUCGAACAGGUCCAGCCUUCUGGAGACCUGUGCCAACAGCAGAAGGGGACGGACGGAAUCUCUGUGGGCAGACCAGGGUGUGGAUCAGCGGAGAGCACCCAGCUAGAAACUCCCCUGGAUCCACCCAAAGGCUCCGGACCUUGUUGGUCCCUCUUGGCCCUGUGAACCAGCUUAAGGAGAAGUUUUCCCAAGGGAAGGUACUCCACAGAUCGGACCUCAGAGGGGGCUCAGGUUCUGUAAACAACAGACAAUGAUCCUGUUGUGAUACUCCAGGCACAUCAUAGUAGAACCAAAUUUGCUGAUUCCAAUUUGUGCUGCCCACAUAUUAUUGAACCUGUGGCCUUCCACUGGAUUAUGGUUGAAGUAAUGGGAACCACAACCCUUAAAGAAAACUGACUCAUUCUUCAAACAGCUAUCAUUUUCCAGUAUCUUCUUGCCUAAAGGUUUUCCACAUUUUCCUAAGUUGGGACUGGAAAGUACCACAUUACAUUUUUCAGUCUUUGCGUUUUUGCCUUCUUUCUGAAGAACAAUGGGCAUACAAUUACAUGGAAGAGGACUGAUCUUGAGCCUAAUUUUCCUCCUGUUAAAGUUGUCAAGAGCUGAAAUACCACUCUCAGUUCAACAGGUUCCAACAAUUACAAAGCAGUCAUAUGUGCAAGUUGCGUUUCCAUUUGAUGAGUAUUUUCAAAUUGAAUGUGAAGCUAAAGGAAACCCAGAACCAAAAUUUUCAUGGACUAAGGAUGACAAGCAUUUUGAUCUUUCUGACCCUCGGAUAAUUAUGUCUAACAAUUCAGGAACAUUCAAGAUCCCAAAUGAGGGACACAUCUCUCACUUCCAAGGGAAAUACCGCUGCUUUGCAUCUAAUAGAUUAGGAACUGCAAUAUCCGAAGAAAUCGAGUUCAUAGUUCCAGGUGUUCCAAAAUUUCCAAAAGAAAAAAUUGAACCCUUGGAUGUAGAAGAAGGGGAUUCCAUUGUCCUACCCUGCAACCCCCCCAAAGGCCUCCCACCUUUGCACAUCUAUUGGAUGAAUAUUGAAUUAGAACACAUUGAACAAGAUGAAAGAGUAUACAUGAGCCAAAAGGGAGAUCUGUAUUUUGCAAAUGUGGAAGAAAAAGACAGUCGAAAUGAUUACUGUUGCUUUGCUGCAUUUCCAAAAUUAAGGACGAUUGUACAAAAAAUGCCAAUGAAACUAACUGUGAACAGUUUAAAGCAUGCUAAUGAUUCAAGUUCAUCCACAGAAAUUAGUUCCAAGGCAAAUUCAAUCAAACAGAGGAAACCCAAACUUCUCUUGCCUCCUGCUCAGAGUGGCAGCUCAACCACAAUGACUGUCCUCAAAGGGGAAACCCUGUUGCUUGAGUGUUUUGCGGAAGGCCUACCAACUCCACAGGUCGAAUGGAGCAAACCAGGUAGUGAAUUACCAAAGGGAAGAGAAAUAAAGGAAAAUUAUGGAAAGACACUGAAGAUAGAAAACAUCUCCUACCAUGACAAAGGAAAUUAUCGCUGUACAGCUAGCAAUUUGUUGGGAAAAGCUAGUCAUGAUUUUCAUAUCACAGUACAAGAACCUCCACGCUGGAAAAAGAAACCUCAGAGUGCAGUGUACAGCACGGGGAGCAGUGGCAUCUUGUUGUGUGAAGCAGAAGGAGAACCUCAACCAACGAUCAAAUGGAGAGUCAAUGGCUUCCCGAUUGAAAAUCAUCCAUUUCCUGGUGAUGUCAUGUUCCCCAGGGAAAUCAGUUUUACAAAUCUACAGCCAAACCAUACUGCUGUGUAUCAAUGUGAAGCCUCAAAUAUCCAUGGAACCAUCCUUGCCAGUGCCAAUAUUGAUGUUAUAGAUGUUGUCCCACUGAUAAAAACUAAGAAUGAAGAAAAUUAUGCAACAGUGCUUGGAUAUAGUGCAUUCUUACAUUGCGAGUACUUUGCUUCACCCAAGGCCACCGUGAUUUGGGAGGUGGCUGAUGAAGCACAUCCCCUUGAAGGUAGUCGGUACUGUACCCAUGAAAAUGGCACACUGGAAAUCUACAGAACUACUGAGGAAGAUGCAGGAUCAUACUCUUGUUGGGUAGACAAUGCAAUGGGAAAAGCUGUCAUCACAGCCAACUUGGAUAUUAGAAAUGCUACAAAGCUGAAAGUUUCCCCAAAGAAUCCUCGCAUCCCUAAAUCACACAUGCUUGAACUAUACUGUGAAAGCCAGUGCGACUCACAUUUGAAGCACACUUUGAAGCUGUCCUGGAGUAAAGAUGGAGAGACUUUUGAAGUUAAUGGCACAGAAGAUGGCAGAAUAGUGAUUGAUGGAGCCAAUCUGACCAUAUCUAACAUCUCAGUAGAAGAUCAGGGUAUUUAUUCCUGUUCUGCUCAAACUGCUCUUGAUAGCAUUUCUGAGAAAACUCAAGUAACUGUCCUUGGUGUUCCAGAUCCUCCAGGAACCCUUAUCUUGUCGGAAAGACAAAAUAGGAGUGUUCGGCUGUCCUGGGAAGCUGGAGAUGACCAUAACAGCAAUAUCAGCGAGUACAUUAUAGAAUUUGAAGGGAACAGAGAGGAACCUGGGAAGUGGCAGGAGCUAACUAGAAUCCCAGGAGAAGAAACAGAGGCUGUAUUAUCUUUGGCUCCAUACGUGAGAUAUCAGUUCAGAGUCAUAGCCAUAAAUGAAGUGGGGAAAAGUCACCCCAGCCAACCAUCGGACCAUCAUGAAACUCCACCAGCAGCUCCAGACAAGAAUCCACAGAAUAUCAGAGUUCAAGCAUCCCAACCCAAGGAGAUGAUUAUAAAAUGGGAGCCUUUGAAAUCCAUGGAGCAGAAUGGACCAGGACUGGAGUAUAGAGUGAGCUGGAAGCCCCAGGGAGCGCCAGAGGAAUGGGAAGAAGAAACAGUUACAAACCACACACUGCGUGUGAUGACACCUACAGUCUAUGCUCCUUAUGAUGUUCAAGUUCAAGCCAUCAAUCAACUUGGCUCUGGGCCUGAGCCUCAGUCAGUGACACUCUAUUCAGGGGAAGAUUAUCCUAGUACAGCUCCUGUGAUCUAUGGUGUGGAUGUUAUGAACAGCACAUUAGUUAAAGUUACCUGGUCAACAGUUCCAAAGGAAACAGUUCACGGGCUUCUGAGAGGAUACCAGAUAAAUUGGUGGAAAACCAAAAGUCUGUUGGAUGGAAGGACACAUCCCAAAGAAGUGAACAUCCUAAGAUUUUCAGGACAGCGAAAUUCUGGAAUGGUUCCUUCCCUAGAUGCCUUUAGUGAAUAUCACUUAACAGUCUUAGCCUAUAAUUCUAAAGGAGCUGGUCCAGAGAGUGAGCCUUACAUAUUUCAGACACCAGAAGGAGUACCUGAACAGCCAAGUUUUCUCAAGGUCAUCAAAGUUGAUAAAGACACUGCCACUUUAUCCUGGGGACUUCCUAAGAAACUAAAUGGAAAUUUAACUGGUUAUCUUUUACAAUACCAGAUAAUAAACGACACCUAUGAGAUUGGAGAGUUAAAUGAAAUCAACGUUACUACUCCAUCUAAAUCUAGCUGGCAUCUCUCAAACCUCAAUGCAACAACCAAAUACAAGUUCUACUUGAAGGCAUGCACCUCAAAAGGCUGUGGAAAGCCAAUAAGCGAGGAAAGUGCCACACUGGGAGAAGGGAGUAAAGGUAUCAGGAAGAUAACAGAAGGAGUAAAUCUUACCCAAAAGAUUCACCCUGUAGAGGUACUUGUGCCGGGAGCGGAACAUAUUGUUCACCUAAUGACUAAGAACUGGGGUGAUAACGAUAGCAUUUUUCAAGAUGUAAUUGAGACAAGAGGGAGAGAAUAUGCUGGCCUAUAUGAUGAUAUCUCCACUCAAGGCUGGUUUAUUGGACUGAUGUGUGCAAUAGCUCUACUCACACUCAUAUUGUUAACUAUUUGCUUUGUGAAGAGGAACAAAGGUGGAAAGUAUUCAGUAAAAGAAAAGGAAGAUUUACACCCAGAUCCAGAGAUUCAAUCAACAAAAGAUGAAACUUUUGGUGAAUACAGUGACAGUGAUGAAAAGCCUCUCAAAGGAAGCCUUCGGUCCUUGAAUAGGAACAUGCAGCCCACAGAGAGUGCUGACAGCUUAGUGGAAUAUGGAGAGGGUGACCACUCCAUAUUCAAUGAAGAUGGAUCUUUUAUUGGUGCCUAUACAGGAACUAAAGAGAAGGGGUCUGUUGAAAGCAAUGGAAGUUCGACAGCCACGUUCCCACUCCGGGCAUAAGCACAGAAGGUCACACACCAUGGCUGGCUAGCCCAGACAUCCCCAGUCUCUUCUGGGGAGCAAAGCCUUUUACAGAGGAGUGGAAACACAUGUCUAGAGGUUGACAUUCUGAAAUUCUGCAAUUUUGCUCAGAAAAAUAGCACUGCCUUCAAAAAGAAAAAAAUAUGAGAUGCCAAACACUUCAGGCCUAUGUUUCAUUUUUGGUUUUGUUUUUGGGUGCUCAAAAUGAAGAACACAAAACAAAUCUUGUACUUAGAUCCACUUUGACUCAAUCCAAAGUUCCUGUUUCACAUACUCUGCAUCUGCCUGGUUUCCUGUUCAUUGUGCGUGCAUUAAUGUUGCUAACUGUGUGGGUUUCUCUCUGGAUGCACAAUUGUACUUAGUUUUUAAGAACUGUUUUAGUGACUUUGAUUCACGACAGGAAAGGAGAUUGUAAGCAAGCAAGCUGGUUAUUUAAAAUGUAAAAAGGAAUAUGAAUGUUUAUUAAAUACUUCAUGGAAUCUAUAUAGUCUAAAGUUAUUAUUUAAAAUUUUAGUAGUAAAAGUCAUAGAUGAUCAUGCAACUUGUAUUUAUUGAGCUCCUAACUAUUUGCCCAGAGGCUGCCAUGUAUAUGCAGAGUUACAACAUUUUCAAUUUCUGUAAGAUUUAAUUUCUGUCAGUAUGGUAACUCUGCAUCUCUCUCUCUCUUUCUCUCUCUCUCUCUCUCUCUCUUCCUGUUUUUAAACUUGGACUAACUGGAGCUGCAGGAGUGAUGGUCAGGAGUUGUUUUAAAAACAGAGAGAUGCUGAUGAUUGUAUUUUGUAUCUUCUUUUGUAUGUUCACAGCUUUCAGCCUUUAUGUUUAUAUACUGGUACCCUUGGAUGUAUUUCAUUAAUGCAUUGUACAUAUUAUAUUAAUAUUUACACAGUUUAAAACAUAGUGUUUUAUUUUGAAGUGAGAAAGAGAACAUUAGUAGGUAUGACUGUACAGCUAGAGUGUAUAUAGUAGGAUGCUGUUUUCAUUCUUCUGGGGAUAGAUACAAUAACCUGGGGUUCCAAAUUCAAGAUUAUAUGAAGAAUUGGAUUCUGUGUUUGUAUUUCUCUACUUCACAUGAUCUCAAAAUAAAAUACAACCAUGUAGGGAAAUGAAUUAAUAUUUUUCAAAAUAAGUUUUGGAGUGGAUUAGUGCCCCAGUUCCCCACAAAGAAAACUAUUUACAGUAGAAAUUCUUCUAUACCAUUUAGUUUAUAUCAUAUUGUAAAUGUAUUUGCAGUGGUAUCAUCAUUUUAAUGUUUUGCUUUGUCAGUACAGUGUCCAGGAAUUUAUUUUCUGGCAUGCGGGCUACCAGUUCAUCUAAAAUGUUACAGAAGUUUUAGAGUGGUUUAGAAAUGCCUUGAAAGACUCUGAAUACAUAUAAGUAAAUAAUUAUUUGCUCUCUCAUAUAACAGAAACUUUUAACCUCACUGUUAAAUAUUAACUAUGUUAAGUGAUUCAGUUCACAGAUUUAACUUUACUGUGUGUAAUUGUUGGAUACACCACUCAGUCUUCAUGUUUAAUUGGCAUGAUGCAUUAUGUUGUUCGGGGGUUAAAAUCAUGGAUAUGUAAAAUUACCAAUGCAGUAAUGUACAUGAAAAAUACAUUUUUAUUUCACACAUCUUCCAGAAUGCAUAGGCAGGAAAAGCUUGUUUCAAAACCAUGGACCCCAGUGUUUGGCUACUCACCUGGAAGUAGCAAAUGAAAGGGGGGAGACAUCUUUGUGCUCUAGCCUGUAUGAAUGUAAGGGUCCACACUUCCAGCUGUGCAAACUGAUCUCCAGCUCCAUCUGAUGACUAAGGCACAGACUGUUGGAGAAGUCAUCAUCAUGUGCUACUUUUGUGGGAGGAACUGUGGUACUGAGCUUCAUAGAAAAUAAAGGAUGUCAUUGACAGUUAAUUAUGCUAACAUUCUGUCUCCUCCUUUUUGUCAUCAGUCAAAAUGUUGUUUGGAAAAGGUUGCACAUGAGUUGAAAAUAAUAUCCAAAAUCUAGAAUAGAUUCAUUAAGAAUUUAACAAGCAUUAAGUCAAAAGUUAACACGAAUACUUAUAUUUUUGUUCCAAAUGGACUUCAUCAUUCUUUUGUUAGCUGCUGUAAAAUGAGACUGUGUUAUAACACCUUUUGCUAGCCUCUGUGAACUUCUAAAUACUAUUGGGCUUCAUUCUGUUGUAAAUCUUCAAUAGAGCAGGACAAGGUUCAUGGAUUGCUUUCAUUUUAAUUAUAGACGUGUAUUAUUCAAUAUCUUCAAAUGAGAACAAAUCCAGUAGGUUAAGGUGGAUUCAAUUCUUUUUCUCUCUUAGACAAUGAGUGGCAGACUCUGUGAAGUGAAAUGCUGAUUACAAAUGGGCAAUAAUUAUUUGGGAAAUGCCCCCUGAGUCGUAAAUUUUCUGUAGUAACGUUAUGUAGUCUACUGACAUAUGAUUUUAAUGUAAGUGAUUGUAUAUAAUCUCAAGGAUUGUAGAUGGGGAUAGGUUCAGAGAGAGCUGCUCGAGGGUCAGGAAAAAUCCGUGUUCUCUUCCAGGGUCCAGCACUGACUUUACGUAGAAUCCUUAGGCAGGUUGCUGAACUGCUUCACUUCAAACUGUGCUACAAAGUGCUAAUGUUCGCUAUCACAGGGUGUUCUUUUGUACAAAGAAAAUUUACAAAUGGUAAAAUCUAAGAUGCCUUUUAACUUCAUAAUCCAACCUGUAAUCAAAUUAUGUAUCAAAAAAUCGCCCCCACAUACACCAACUCAACUUUUCCCCCUCUAAGCACAUAAAUAUAUUUUUAUAGGAAACAGAUCUACAGAAAAUAAACUAAAUCUACUGUUAAGCAAGGAGUACGAUUUGCACAUGACAUUGAAAAUUAUUAAUCAGAAGAAAGUUAAGCAGGGUCUUUGCUAUAUAAAAGCGUUUUCCAUUAAUUCUGCAUGUGUAUUUAUAAGAUGUGAAAGCAGUAGAUUUAUUCUCUUGGUGUAAAGGCAUCUGAUAUUUUAGAUGUACCCAUGUUUUUAAAAAACUGUAGAGCACAAUGGACUUAAUGCUAUUUUAUACUCAUGGAAGAGAUAGAGAACAAUAAGGAGAGAUGUUGGCUGAUUUUCUAAGUAUUUAAAACAUUUGCCAAUGGAAACCCUAAAUAUGUUUACAUGCCAUGAAGGUGUAAUUCUUGUAACAACUUUAAAUUGAUUGUAAUAGGACUGGUUUGUGGUUUGUGGUAGUAGAUAUAUCCUUGUGUUCCUAUAGUGAGAUUAGUAGGACUGAGUCAAAGCUACUUUGUUUUGUCUUCAAUUGACUGUGUUGUCAAAGAGGCAAAAAACACAGAGAGCAGGCUCACUGGUUAGCUUUUCUGUUCUUACUUAGAUUAGUGUUCACAGUAGAUCUUUACUCAAAUGUGUUGGUGUUGUAGAUGAUGUUUGUAAUGCUUAUGGAUAUGUAUGGUUCAAAACUAUUUUCAUUACACAUGGAAUUCAGCUUUGAAAUAAAAGUUUGACUUCAUGUACUCAAAA